GAUAACAACCUUGUGUUGGUGUAAACAAAAACAAGGAAAACCUAAACAGAUCGGAUUCAUUUCAGACCAUUUCCAGAUAGAAAAACCAUUAAAGACAUGUCCGACGAGUACGCCUGCGUAGCCAAGGGCAAGCUUAAGCUAAAGAACGAUUCGGAUCUCAAGAAGAAAAAGAAGAAGCACAAGGGCAAGGACAAGGAGAAGGAGCUGCAGAAGGCGCUCGUGGAGCAGCAUUUGGCGGAAGCGGGCGCCACAUCCUCCUCCACUACCAGCGGUUACGAACGAAAGCUCACCAAGGCCGAGCUGGCCAGUAAGAAGCAGCAGGAAAAGAUGCGCAACAAGCGAAUCAUGGACAAGGCACAAACCACCCACAAGGAGCGCGUGGAAAAGUUCAACGAGCACCUGGACACGCUAACCGAGCACUUUGACAUCCCCAAGGUGUCCUGGACGAAGUGAGGCGACGGCACUCGUAACUUAAAGCAUACAUUUAUUAUAAGGUUAAGUAAUUUCGACUACGUUUCAACCUGGGGCGCAGGAAAAGUGAGAGGAGAGGCCAAAAUAAACAAUCCAGAUGGCACAACUAAGCUAAA